CCAACACCUGCAACUCAGCAGAUUUCAGAUUUUCUUGUGUAAGUUUUUGAGGAAGUACUUGAAUGCUUAAGUGAAUAGGCCUAACUUUAUCUACACUGGGAUUCUACAUUAGGGCAACGAACUGGCGAGAGGCAGACAGAAUGGAUUUGCAGGCUUGUGAGUGUGUGUGUGUUUGUGUUUAUGUGUGGUAAAUGCCUGCUCCACCCUGAUAGGUGAAGUCCCCUCCCCCUCUCACAAACGAGCUACCUGCCUGUGAAAGUAUCAGGGGAGUCGACUGAAUGAAAGCAGGACACAAACGACGCAGGUCAGCCACAAGAGCAAGACAGGGGACCUCAGGGACCAAGCCAAGCCAACCUGAACUCAGUAGUACCUCAUUGAAGACAACACGAGCAGCUAAAGCUGAAACCUAACCAGCUCCAUCCAAACCAAGCCAAUCCAACUGGCUAGACAGGUUACCUCUCUCAGUGCAGUGAGUGCUCAGUCACUCCUCCCUCCCUCCUUCCCUCCCCCACACUACAACAGCCACCACUCCUGCUGCUGCUACUGCUGUCUUGUACACACAGAGGAAGUAGAAGUGUGGCCGUGUGUGUAAACGAGUGUUACUCGGAGUCUGAGGAGGUGAGAGGGGAAAAGAAGACAAAAACAGUGUAGUGGGAGAUAAGAGAGAGGAGUGUAGGCUACCUGAAGACGAGGAGCUGAGAGAGGCAGAGACAGAGACAGAGAGAGGGAACCGCCAAGAUGCCAGAGGAGGAGGAGAACCACUACGGGAAACACGGCGAACCCAGGAAGUAUGACCCCACCUUCAAAGGACCCAUCCACAACAGGAGUUGUACGGAUGUGGUGUGCUGCAUCCUCUUCAUUCUGGCUGUGCUGGGCUACUUUGCCGUGGGCAUCCUGGCAUGGUCCCAGGGAGACCCUCGCAAGGUGAUCUACCCCACAGACAGCAGGGGCCAGUUCUGCGGACAGGCUGGCACCAAACUGGAGAAGAGGACCAAGCUGUUCUACUUCAACAUCAUGAAGUGUGCCAAUCCCAUGGUGCUCUUGGAGUUCCAGUGCCCCACCACUCAGCUGUGUGUGGAGAAAUGUCCGAAAAAAUUCCUGACCUUGGUGAAGGCCAAAUUAAUCCCAUCAGACUGGUCCUACUACAAGGACUUCUGUAAGGAAUCAGACAAGAUAGAUUCAAUGACAGCACCGCAGAUACUGAAAGAAGGCCUGUGUCCUGCUAUGCUUCUGCCCAGCAAGUCAUUCACCCGCAGGUGCUUCCCCGCUCUCAGCCGGAAGGGAAAGGAUGUGCUCGUGGGUAACCAGACGCAGUUCAACGAUGGCACGAGUGACCGUCCAGCCGCGGACCUCAUCGACGGUGUCAAGAAUGCCUCUGUGGUGAUUGAGGCGCGACAGGUAGCCAUGAAGAUCUUUGAGGACUACACCCAGUCUUGGUACUGGAUCCUCAUAGCUCUGGUGCUGGCCAUGCUCCUCAGCCUGGUCUUCAUCGUGCUGAUGCGUUUCCUGGGCGGCAUCAUGGUGUGGGUCAUGAUCGUUAUGGUCAUCCUCGUCAUCGGAUACGGUAUCUUCCACUGCUACAUGGAGUACGCCUCCCUGAAGGGGGAGCCUGGAGCCAACAUCACCCUGCAGGAGCUGGGCCUGCAGAUGGACUUCUCUAUCUACCUGCAGAUCCGACAGACCUGGUUGGCUUUCAUGAUCAUCUUGGCCAUUCUGGAGGUCAUCAUCAUCCUCCUCCUCAUCUUCCUCCGCAACAGGAUCCGCAUCGCCAUCGCACUCAUCAAGGAGGCCAGCAAAGCCGUGGCCCACAUCAUGUCCUCCCUGUUCUACCCUCUGGUGACCUUCUUCCUGUUGACCAUUGUCAUCGCCUACUGGGCCGUCACCGCUGUUUUCCUCUCCACCUCUAAUGAAGCUGUUUACAAAGUCUACAACGAAACUGCUUGCGAGUUUAGCAGAAACACCUGUACUCCUGAGAACUUCACCACGUCUGAGAUUAAGGCAAGGUGCCCCGACUCGGAGUGCCUGUUUGCCUUCUACGGCGGCGAGACGGUGUACCACAAGUACCUCAUUGGCCUGCAGUUCUACAACGUCUUCCUGUUCUUCUGGUGUGCCAACUUCGUGACGGCGCUGGGCCAGAUGACGUUGGCAGGGGCCUUCGCCUCCUACUACUGGGCCUUUGUCAAGCCAGACGACAUGCCCACCUGCCCCAUAUUCGCCUCCCUCGGCCGCGCACUGAGGUAUCAUACGGGCUCGCUGGCCUUCGGCUCCCUGAUCCUCUCCAUAGUGCAGAUCAUCAGAGUGCUGCUGGAGUAUCUGGACCACAAGCUCAAAGGAGCGCAAAACAAAUGCACAAAGUUCCUGCUGUGCUGCCUCAAGUGUUGUUUCUGGUGCCUGGAGAAGUUCAUCAAGUUCCUCAACAGGAAUGCCUACAUCAUGGUUGCCAUAUAUGGCAAAAACUUUUGCUCCUCCGCCAGAGACGCCUUCUUCCUCCUAAUGAGAAACAUAAUAAGGGUGGCGGUCUUGGACAAAGUGACCGAUUUCCUGUUGUUCCUGGGGAAGCUGCUUAUUGUGGGACUAGUGGGAAUCUUUGCCUUCUUCUUCUUCUCUGGAAGAGUGAAGGCGUUUGAAGACACAGCUCCUACUCUCAACUACUACUGGGUUCCCAUUCUGACGGUGGUGGUUGGGUCUUAUCUCAUAGCGCACGGCUUCUUCAGCGUCUACGCCAUGUGUGUGGACACGCUCUUCCUCUGCUUCUUGGAAGACCUGGAGAGGAAUGAUGGCAGUGCAGAGAGGCCCUACCUGAUGCCCGACAAUCUGCUCAAAAUCCUCAAGAAGAAGAACAAGGUUGAAGCCACAGAGUAACAUCCGCAACAGCCGUGAGAGCUGCAGUAUCAGAGCUCCCUCUGCUGGCAGAUAUGGACAUGGCAUGCUGAAGUGAAAGGCCAUUGGAUCAGCCCUCCAUGAUGUCAUUAAGCUGGUCUUUACCUUGCUGCCCAUCUCCGCUGUAUAUAGUGAACUACAGGACAAUCACUGACCUCAACUUAUAAAACUGAUCAGGGCCGGAAUAUACACUAUAGACUUUUUCUUGGUUUUAAGUGCAACAAACAACAUAACAAACAACAUAUUCUACAAUGCAUCACAUUUCGUAUGCCAUUUGAGGAGGAAUGGACACUUUUCUGCACAUUUGUUACAUUAACAGCGUUUUAGAUUUUGUUAUCGAUAUGAGGGUUUUAAUUUUAAUACAUAUGCAUCAAAAUCGCAUCAUGCCAAAGGAUUUUCAUUUGUGUUUUUUUUAUGUGAUUUAGUUGUUUUUUUUAUUUAGUGUGUUCCUGUAUGCAUCUUGCAAAGAAGCUGAAGUUUUGCGUCUGCACAGGUUAUUUUGGCACUUUUAUGGCCUUUUCCUAUGAAGUAUACAUACUGGCAGGUGGAAAAAAAUUCUGUCAUUUUUGUUAUUUCCAUGCUGGCAUCACCAGAAGUGUGCCUUUUGGAGUUGCAUAGUUUUUAUGCUAACUAAAGCCAAUAUCAAAUGUGCCUUAUGUCAUAUGGGAUAGACACAAGCUUACCAUAUAUCUUCACCGUUAUCCGUGCAAUGUUUUACUUGCUAUACAAUCUGCCAAAAGACACAGUUUUACUUUACUUUGUCUACUGCCUACAUUAACUCUUCAUUUGGAGUUAAUAGUUAGAAAGUUAACAUGACAAGUUUGGAGUACACCUAUCCGUGGAUUUGUUAUUUUAGUUUUGUCUUUGCAUGGAGUUUAUUUAUGGUUUAAACCUUGACAGAGGAAAUAAAGACGGAAGAAUUUGUAAUAUUACUUU